AUGGAGUGGGCAAAGCAGACGUACAACCAGCAGUACGAGAGAUGGGUUCCUUGGCUCGAGGACGUCUACCUGCGAUGGUUCACCAAGGACAACAAGGCUAGCUACACGACCAAGGACACCCUCGGCAAGACCAAGGUGACCGGCGUCGAACAAGUCGACACCCUCCAGGACGGCGUCCACAACCUUGCAGCCGGCCAGGUCGGCCAAGGCGGCCUCCUCCAGCCCAUCGGCGACCUCACCUCCAAGGAGGGUAUCAACCGCGCCGAGCGCCAGGGCAAGGACGAUGAGGGCGGCUACGUCCCGACUGCCGUCCCGGGCUCCAGCGCCGUCAACACCGCCGCCGGUGGCAUCGCGGACGGCAGCAAGGCCGUCGCCGGCACGGCUACCGACGGCGUCAAGGGCGCUGGUAGCUACGUCGGCGGCCUCUUUGGCGGCGGCAAGAAGCAGGAGCAGAAUGACGAAAGAGAACGGGCCGGUCGGCUCGGCGUGCGGACCUUGGCCAGGAAGACGGCUCGUUUGGUCCGGAAACUGACGGGCAGAACGAAUCCUGGCAAGAAGGGCCGUGGUUCGGUUGAGCCUGAGGUUUGGAGGACUGGAGAGCAGUCGAGGCGCGUCGCUGGGAGUGACUCCUGGUUCACGCUUGCUUCGCCCACCGCCUGCGACGCUUCCUUUGGUGACUUCUGGGUCGACGGCAAACGCUCUCACGAUAUUCAAGCGCCUGAACAUGGUCAGAUCCAAAGCGGACUGUUUGGGAAGCUUCCCAGGGAGAUACGGGAGAUGGUCUACCAGGAGCUCUGGCGCGAUGCCGGGAUGGGCCAGCAUAUCAUACGCACGGAGGCUGGGUAUGCUCACACCCGCUGUUUGCUCCACCGACCCGGAGACCCGGACGAGAAGCACGAGGGUGGUGAGCCGUGGGAGUCGAUGUGGAUGGUGCCGGAUGCCCGGGGGACGCUUCCUCUGUGGUACAAGCGAGAGAUGUCGACAUGGUGCGAUCACUGGAAGUGCGAAGAAGCCAGAGAGGAGAACGAGAUAUGGAAGGACAUCGCGAAGGGGUGUCGUUGCGUUAAAGUCGACACCUGGACGCCUUUCCUGCCGAUGAUGCUGGCGUGCAAGCGGAUGUAUCACGAAUGCGCAGCCUCGAUCUACAAAUCCAUUACAUUCACAAUAACCGACAUCGCCCUCGCCACAGACAUCAUCAGAGCUCGAAACCUCUUUGGCACACGGCACCGGAGCCCCGCCCAUCCCUUCCGCCACAUCAACCUCUCCUUCCGGCGGCACAUCUACGAAGGCAGGACCUUUGAACAAUGGGUCGAAUCCUGGAGCAAGAUCCUCCGCCUCCUCGACACGCCGGAUCUGAAGUCGGUACACCUCUGGCUGGAGAGCGACGUUUUCUACGAGCGGCAGUGGCUCUCCGUGACGUCCAACGUCCUCCGCCGGAUCCCGGAGGCGCUGACCCACAAAGUCGCCGUCAGCCUCCCGCCGGACGGGCAUCGGGACCGGGUGGUGGGGGCCGCGUGGCUGAGCGACCUGGAGCAGAUACCGCUGGUUCCCUCGCGGGGCACCACACUCGCGGAGGAGGCGGAGGAGGAGGCGAAGUGUUUCGGGGUGAGACGGCUGCGGACGUGA